AAUCACCCAUUCCUUUCAGAGGCGCCGACUCUCACCACACGGCCACAUUAUAAAUCAUCUUAUUACACUAGUUUCCCAGACGACAUGUUCGCGCUACUCUCAAUGUCUCCCAUGAUUUCUUUUCGAUCAUGGACGGUGUUUCCGUCGCCAGCGGUAUUGCUGGGCUCAUUUCAUUGGCUCUACAGGUCAGCGGUACAAUAGCAAUAUAUGUCAACUCAAUCAAGGAGCGGUCCAAAAAUAUACAGGAACUACACGAUGAGCUACUGCUGCUGGGCGAAGUCCUCAGUGGCCUACGAGAUUUCCUGGCAAGCGAACAGGCAAAGCGCAGAUCAUUCGACAAUAACUCGGUCCUCCAGAAAGCGAUCACGGAUUGUCGAGACAGGAUAGAACGGAUAGGGAACAAGCUGAAACCUCCCGACAGUAGCAGCAGAGUGUCCCGAGCCAUUGGCAAGCUACGAUGGCCCUUCGACCAAAAAGAGGUCAAUCAAAUGACCGAGAAUCUACGACGAUACAGCGAGACAUUCCAUUUCGCCGUCACCAUUGAAGGGUGCAACCUGCUGUCCAAGACAUCUGAGGAUGCUACCAAGGGCCUGCGGGAAAUGCUUGAUGUCUCCAAGAAAAUCAGUGAGCUGUCGGCUCAAAUGGGACUCUCCGCGGAAGAAUCGUCGAAGCGCGCCUUUCAAAUCCAACAAAUCAUGGCUCUUAUCCCAGUGCUGGCAAAGACAGCCGUUGAUGUGAAUGAGCUCUCUCAUGCGGCACGACUGGCGGAGGUCAGAGAGCAGGAGAGACGCAUUACCGACAUUUUAGACUGGCUGGCGCCCGUGUCAUGGCUGCACAAACAUCGUGACUUGCAAGUGAAGCGAUCAAAGGGCACAGGGGAAUGGUUUCUCCAGCAUCAAGUCUUUAAGGACUGGGCAGAAGAUGAGACUGCAGAACAUGAUCUCCUUUGCGUUGGUGGACCAGGUGCAGGAAAGUCUAUCCUUUGCUCACUGGCGGUCGACCAUCUACGCGCCCAAUUCAAGGACAAGGAAGUCGCCGUGGCAUACUACUAUUACGACUAUUCGGAUCAGCAAUCACAGAGCCCAGUCAAUCUGGCCAGAUCGCUGCUACGGCAACUAUCCUCCAAUGGACACCUUGUGCCUUCCGCAGUAACCGAGUUCUAUCAGCGCACACGGAACGAUACCAAAGAUGAAACUUGGUUCCACGACCUACUAAAUAUCUUACGUCGAGUGGCGGCCACCUUUACUCGCUGCGUAAUAUUGCUUGAUGCUCUUGAUGAGGCUGGCAUCCGAAGUCAACGUUCAGGGCUCUUCGAGGUCUUGGACGCAUUGCGGAGCCCUUCCGGAACCAGAGUCCAAGUCCUGGCAACGACACGGUCCCACGCCCUCAGCGUUGCAACGGGAUUCCAUAAGGCCGUGACGAUCGAUGUCAUAGCAGAUCCUCGAGACCUCCGUCUAUUUCUCAAGCAAGCAAUCGAAGAGCAUCCAGACUCGGUGGAUAUCCUGGAUGGUGACUUGCGAGAGCAGGUCCUGAACACAUUAUGUGACAAUGCCAAUGGCAUGUUUUUGCUUCCUGCACUCCAGAUUCGAACCAUACUCGAUCAGAUCACCAAGGCUGAUGUCCGCCGAGCUUUGUCACGUCUAUCCACCAACCUGAACGAAGUAUUCCAGUCGACGAUACAAAGGAUCACAAAUCUACCAGAGACCAGACGAGAUCUUGCUCUAAAAGCACUUAUGUGGAUAUCACAUGCUAGGAGACCGUUGAGACCGUUGGAAUUACAGCAAGCAAUGGCAUUGCGCCUAGAUGACGCUGACCUCGACCGCGACAAUUUCCCUCCUAUUCGAACUAUAAUCGACUGCUGCUGCGGACUGGUCGAACUAGAUCAUGAAAGCUCGAUCAUACGUCUAGUGCAUCAUUCUCUUGAAGAGUACUUGCGCGACCAGGAUCACGGCCUGUUUGAAGAUGCCAACCUAUACAUCACGAGGAUGUGUCUAAAAUAUUUGAAGCUCGAGUCGUUGAAAGAGUUGCCCUUGAAAAAUCGCCACGACUUCGCACUAGCACUUGAAGACAUGCCCUUCCUGGAAUAUGCUGCACUGGAAUGGGGCCACCAUGCUUACGGUGUAUCGAUCGGAAGAUUCCGUGGGCUAGCUCUGUCGCUGCUCUCCGACAGCCUCGCGCUUAUUACAUGUGCUCGAGUGCGGGAUCAUCACAACGCCGACUUUCGCAGAUGGAAAGGAAAGGCUUGGGCCUGGGCGUAUUCCGGCGGUGCUGGAAUCUCAAUAGCAGCAGCGUUCGGGCUUACAGAGCUACUAAAGGUCCUCAUCAACGAAAACAAAGACAACUUAUGCUUAGAUGCCCGUAAUAUGUACGGCAGCACGCCACUCCAUGAGGCAGCUCUUCACGGUCAUGAAAGCGCGGCAGAAGCAUUGAUUGAACAUGGCGGAAAUCUUGUUGACACGAACUAUGGAUCAGCUACGCCAUUGUUUCUGGCCGUUACAUACGGCAAAUUGUCCAUGGUCAGGCUCCUUCUCAAACAUGGAGGCCCACAGCUCGAGAUACCUGGCCCGCAGGGCUUGUCAACUCUACACAAAGCCGCAGAACAGGGUAAUGAGGAACUGGUCACAACACUUCUUCAAGCCGGCGCGCUGGUCGCUUCUCGCGACAUCCACGGAAUGACGGCCCUCCAUUUCGCCGCCCGUCGAGGCUAUCUUGCUAUCGCUCGCCUCCUAGUUCAGGCCGGUGCGUUCGUCCACGUGAAAGACAGUGAUGGUCUGUGCCCUCUCGAUUAUGCCGCAACAGGGGGAUACACUGAUCUCGUUGCAUACCUGCUUGAAACCGGCGGCAAUAUGUGGCACAAGGGCCGCGAAGCAUGGACGCCGCUCCAUCGAGCAGCACGAGGCGGUCAUACACAAACCGUCUCAUUCUUCCUCGACCGCGAUGCAGACGUACUGGCCGCUGACUUCAAGGGCAACAUCCCUCUCCAUCUCGCGGUACGCUCUGGUAGUAUGGCGACUGUCAGGGUCCUCUUCGAGCACAAUCCGAACCAAAAACGCGAGCAACUCUUUACCCGAGACAAGAAAGGCUCAACACCUCGUGUUGUCGCCUUCUACACUGCCCAUUACGACAUCCACAAAUAUCUCCGUACAGCAGAAUGGGCCGUGUCGGGUAGCGAACCAGGGGAAGCCAGCAUUCUUACCACCGCCAUUGAGCGAGGCGACUUGAACGCUGUUCGCGCACACCUCGACGUCCACCAGGACUGUCUGAAUAUGCUGGAUGAAGAUGGACAACCGCCUUUGCACGUUGCUGUUCAAGAGAAUCGACCCGCCAUCAUCGACUUGCUCCUCGAGCGCGGCGCCUCCAUUGAGUCUGUGGGCUACCACGGCUGGCGACCCUUACAUAUUGCCGCAUCGCUGGGCAAUCUGGACCUUGUAAACCUAUGUCUCGCACAUGGCGCCAGUGUCAAGAGUUUGACACUCACUAAACAGACGCCUCUGCAUAAGGCCGCCUCCAGCCACUCGGCUGCCGUGGUCCGCAGGCUGAUUGAAGCCGGCGCCAACCCUAAUGACAGGAACGACCGAGGUAUGACGACCCUGCAUGUCGCGGCGCACCAGAACGAUAUCCAGAUUGUCAGGAUGCUAGUGCUUGAGUACGAAAUGGAUGUACUUACAAGAGAUCGCCAUAACCUAACGCCCGCCAUGUGGGCGGAAAGGUCUGGACAUUUGGAAGUGAUGGCCUUCCUCAGGAGUGAAAUGAAGAAAGCAAAAACCGCGAAGAAGGUCCGUGGAGACGACCAGGAGAUUGGCAUUGCCGAUGAGCAGAUGCAGGAGGUCGAAGACGCACUGAGUGAUCUGGACGUCGAUGAUGAUCCGAGCCCCUAACGAGUGUCUCCUCACGUCUCUGCUUGGAGACUCCGAGUCGACCACUGUGUAGGUAGGUAGAAUGCCUGCUCUCCCAUUCGCGACCAAUCAGAGGUAGCCGACGGUGUGGAAUUUACAGGGAUAAAAUAUUGCCUAAAGCGGUAGCUAGCACUUCUUGAUUAAGCAAUCUUUUAAGUCUUCAUCAACC